AUAAAUCAUUGCACAAACAAACACCAAAAUGUAGAAGUAAUUUAAAUUGCGAGUAAAAAUGUAUUAAAUUUGUCAAAUCUCAUGCAUCAUGACUUCAGGACAUUGCAAAUCUGAAGUCAAAGCUGAAAAGCUUUGCCGAACAUGCCUGUCUAAGGAUAACCAAUUCCAUUCAUUGUUUGAAGUAUUAGUAGGAACAGUUACACUAGAUUCGGUAGUAUCGGAAAUAACCGGAUUAGAGAUUCGCAAGGGAGAUGGACUCCCUUCUACAAUAUGUGAUGAUUGCAGAGAAAAGGCAGAGAUUGCUUAUUAUUUCAAAAAGAAAUCGCAUGACGCUCAUAACUCCUUGAAAGAUCAACUAAAAAGAGAAAAAAAUGAAAACUGUUUACAACAGAAACAACAAGUUAAUAAGUUAGCAACUGUUACCAGUGUCAAAGUUGAACACAUCACAUCCCAAGAUAAUGAAGAUUUCUCAGAUUCAGAAUUCGAUGUUCUUCUUGCUAGUGAAUCUGAUAAUUUGACAGAAAUAGAUCUUGAGCCAGUUAAGAAUGAGAAAUCAGCACAAGAAACACAUCCAUCCUAUUUUGAAUGUAAAAAUUGUUUAUUGGUGUUUGAAUCUCAAUCAAAAUUACAAGAACACAAGAAGAAAAAAUGCAUAAAAGUUGAGUUGGAUGAAUCUGGUGGGACUUAUUGCCCUCUUUGUGGAACAUGCUAUGAUGGAGCUGAAAGUUGGUCCAAACAUUUGUGGGAGUCUCAUGCUGAAGUUAUGGGACCAAAGAAAAGAGGACGUCCUAAGAAAAUGUUAACAAGUUCAAUUCUGGAUAAAUUGUCAGAGAAUGGAUUCUUUAUAACAACUGUUCCUACCAAAAAGCUAGACUGCUCAUUCUGUACUAAAAAUUUUAACACCAAAGAAGAACUGACCAGUCAUUUCAUCGAACACAAAGGUAUGAAGGUACUGUGUUGCAUAAUGUGUAAAAAAAUGUUUUUGAAGAAAGAAAACUUUCAAGAACAUUUGUGUAUUGAAGACCGUAACGAAAAUAAGAAGCCAGAUGAUGCUAAUGAUAUGCAAGCUACAAAGAAAUGGAAUUAUCUAACUGAAAUGCUAUUACAAGAUCUGUUGGAGCCAAAUUGUGAAAUGGAAAACGUUGAUGUUCUAAAAGUGUGUACUGCAUGUAGUGCGAUUUAUCUUUCUGAUGAAGAUCUUGUGAACCACCAUGAUGCUGAACAUCCGGAGCUUUCCCUUCGUUGUAAUCUGUGCACAAAGGUUUUUGCAUCUAUAAAAUCAGCAGCAAGACACAGAGCAAUCUGCAAACAGGUUGAAAAGACACAUGAAUGCACUACAUGCGGAUUGAAAUUCGCAUAUGAGAUUUCAUUGAAUAAACACAUUCUUAAAUAUCAUCAAGGGCAGAGUGUGUCUAUAACAUUUGAGGAUACAGCUCCGAAAGGUGAAGAAGAUAAACAGUAUCAAUGUGAUACUUGCAGCAGACUGUUCUUCAGAAAAGAAUUAUUAGCCAAGCAUGCCAGGAUACACAUGCCAAAUCAAAAAUAUUUUCAAUGUGACAUAUGUGAAAAGAAAUUCACAAGGAAAGAUAAUUUACGGUCGCACAAGCGUAUCCAUGAUCCGCAUCGUGAAAAAGGCCCAUCGAAUACAUGUUUAUGCUUGUAUUGUGGUCGGAGUUUCUCCAAUUCAUCCAAUUUAAUAGUCCAUAUGCGUCGGCACACGGGCGAGAAGCCAUACAAAUGUGAUUUUUGUGGGAAAGGUUUUCCACGAUCAUCAGAUCUGCAGUGUCAUCGAAGAUCUCACACCGGUGAAAAGCCCUGCGUUUGUGGUGUUUGCGGAAAAGGGUUCUCCCGCAGCAACAAGUUGACACGUCACAUGCGCGUUCACACUGGUGUCAGACCGUACAAGUGUACCUACUGCGAGAAGGCGUUCUCACAGAGCAACGAUUUGACCUUGCACAUCCGGAGGCACACUGGAGACCGUCCUUACAUAUGCGAAGUCUGCGGAGACAGAUUCAUUCAGGGCACAGCACUGCAGAAUCACCGAAGAGCCCACGGGCAUUUCCGCAACCCGACAAACGAUGUCCAGACGCAAGUGCAAGGUUUACAGUAUAGUGUACAAAAUGUUUCUCAGAACAGUCAUUAAGUAUGUUUUGUUUUUGAAAUUGAAAGUAUAGUAAAAUCCAUGUGGUACAGAGUAGGCCAAAAAUACUUGUGAAUGAAUGCCUUGAAAAGUAAUAUAAUACGUAUAAGUGUACUAAGAUAAACGUACCUACUAUGUAUAUACAAAUCUAAUAUUCUUCUCAGUCGUUCCCUCGCUGUUGAGGAUCGUGACUCUUCCCUAGUCUUCUCUCUGUUUCUCUCCAUCUAUUCCUAUUUUUUGCAUCGUUCGGAGCUUCGUUGACCGGCAUUUCUAGUUGCAGAGUCACUUGUUCAGACCACCGCUUUAGGCUUCGGCCGCCAGGCCGGUGACGAUAUUAUAUGAAAUAUUGACAUUAUAUAAUAAAUAUAUAAAUGGAUAUUUGGGUCUUCUUUGUUUUAAGUCAUCAAUGUAUCCAGAACGUUGUAGUUGAUUAAGUGACGUGCAUGUAUUUUGAACAAAUGUAGUCUUUCAUAGCAAUAGUAACAUCAGAACUUGACCGGUACUAGUGAAUACGGAAAUAACUGAUUGAGUUUCCUUGAACCGUCGUCGUCCAUUCGUUUAGUUAUUAUAUUUAAUAACUCUUCAUAGUUCGCUGAAUUUGUUAUGAAGAUUCACAGAUAAUUUACAGUCUGUAUAAGCCUAUUUUUUUGAUGAAUUUUCUCCUUAUGCUGAUAUGUUUUUGCUGGUGGAUUUAUGUACAACGGAUUUUAUUUUAGUUAAUAUACGACCGCUUUGUUUUAAGUUGUGAAAUAAAAUAAAAUAAAAAACGGACUGCGUCAUUAUAGUAAAGUGCUAACGUUUCUCAUAUUAUUUCAAUUAUUAAUUACCCCUUAAAAUAUUGUUAAUUUGACGCUAAAAUAUUUCACAACGGUUCUAAAAAUAUUCGUCAAUAAUCUGAUGCGACCAUCUAUCAACUUAGUAAAUAAGUAACAUAAAGUUUAAUGAUCUGCUUUAUCUUAACUUUACGAAACGAUUCGGUGUGAAUAAAUCUUCAAGAAAUAAACACGCCAACCCUUCCAAUCACUUCCCAGAAAGGUUUCGAAAUCGCGAAACAUCUACCCUGUAUUAUGUGGAAAUUAGGUACUUUGUAAUGUUGUAUUUAUAACUGUCGUGUAUUUAGUACGUUAUCAGUCUUGCAUUUGCAAUCUAAUGUAGUAUAAGUACCGGGGUUGCUAGUUUGCGGUAGAAUUAGUGUUUUUCGUAGAAAUGUAAAUAAAAUUAGAGAGAUAUAUAACGACGUUUGCUAAACCAAUAUCUGUUAUAUGCAGUUUUUAAAGAUUACGUCAAUUUGCUUAUUACCAACACAUAAGUUUAUUUUACUAAUUAAAAUUUCGUAUCAAAAGAAAAGAAGUAGUUAAACUUUUUGCAGAUGACAGAUAUUGUUUUGACAAUGACGAUAAUUAUCCAUAAAAUCAAGUGGUUAAAUGUUAGUGGAUAUUAUUGAACUUGAGAACAGCGAGUGUUUGAUUUAUGAUAUAUUUUUACUAUUGUACAAUAAAAUUUUCGGCUUACGAAUUUGGAAUUUGGAACAAAACUGUUCAGAAAAGUCAAUCAAGUAAAAUUAAUAUACUUUACAAUAUUUUAAGAGUUGACUUCAAUAUUUUUAUAUAGAAAACACAAAGUUAUGUUUUAUUUGUUUAGAAUUUUAUAUACGAAUCGUAGAAUUAUUUUCUAAAGAUAUAACUUGGAUCUAAAGUAAAUUUCCUCAAUACUAAUAAGAUAAGUAAGUGUCUUCUCAUUAUCUACGUAGCUCGUUAUAAUUCAAGUAUUUAGAUUCUUCCAAUAAUAAAGUGAUUAA